UUGCGCAUGCGUGAGGCGGUUGCAUGCAAGCUACCAGAAGCAUCAUUUUUAAACAUGUCAGAGAAAGGAGAAGUGGAUUUAACUGGUGCCAAGCAGAACACGGGUGUAUGGCUUGUAAAGGUGCCCAAAUACCUCUCUCAGCAAUGGGCAAAGGCGACUGGCAGAGGCGAGGUCGGGAAACUCCGAAUCUGCAAGAAAGGAAACCAAGGAAGACCAGAGGUGUCUUUCACUUUGAAUGAAGAACUGACUGUGAUUGAGGGUAUAGAAGAUAAGACCGUGUCUGCACCUCGCGAGCACCCGUUCGCCAUGCAGUCAGUGGGAGGUCAGACGUUGGCGGUCUUCACAGAGACUUCCUCAGGCCAGUCAGAAGAAAGAUCUGAUGGCAGCAGCUCAGGUUCGGGGGCGGGGGCAGGUCCAGAUAAAAUAGCAUUGGAGGGAGUGGUGGUGCAGAGAGCAGAGUGCAGACCUGCUGUUAGUGAAAACUACAUGAGGCUGAAGAGGUUACAAAUUGAAGAGCUGUCCAAGCCAGUCAGGCUGUCACAGCAGCUGGACAAAGCUGUCACCAGCAACUACAAACCUGUGGCCAACCAUACUUACAAUCUUGAGUACGAGCGGAAAAAGAAGGAGGAGGGCAAGAGAGCGAGAGCAGACAGACAGCAGGUGUUGGACAUGUUGUUUUCUGCUUUUGAGAAGCACCAGUACUACAACAUCAAAGACCUGGUGGACAUCACCAAACAGCCUGUGAUUUACUUGAAGGAAAUCUUGCGUGAUAUUGGCAUCUACAACGUGAAGGGAACACACAAGAACACCUGGGAGCUCAAACCAGAAUACCGACAUUACCAAGGCGAGGAAAACACUGACGAAUAGUUCCUGACCCCCCCAAGGCCGACAAACAACCUUUUCAUUUGACGGAGGGCUCCUUCCCAGACCGGGCCUUGGUUGGACCACAGAGUCGUCUCCUGAUUUCCUGACAUCAGGUCUCAAAACACACUGGAUGAUGAGGUCAAGCAAAGGCUGUGUUUUACAGGGAGACGCUUUUGUGGAGAAAAUGUUUUAUCUUUUUGAUAUUUUGUAGAAGACGAAGAGAAGGGGCGUUUGGAAACUAACAGAGGUUUUUAAGCUUAAGUGUGCACGGUCUGUUACUGAUGUGGUUCUGUCACAGCUCCGGCACAGGUAACAGAUAAUUGAAGUAGUUGUUAUAUACGUCACACACAGGAGGUAAUAUUAUAUGAAGCAAAAGAUGCAUCUAUAAACUCUGGUUUUAGCAUUAUUUUCUAAUGUUCAGACAUAAGUAUAUCUGGAGGUAAGAGGUAUAAUGUUAAGAGGAUGUGACACCGGUAACGGCGCUCACCACUUGACUGAUAUGUGCUGAGGAGGUUUGUUUUUCUAGACGUUUUUUAAUUUUACUUUUUCAAAAUGAUAUGUUCUUUUUUUUAAAAAAAAAAAAUGCAGCUUAACAGGUUUCUGCACCAUGACUCGGGAAGACAAAUUCAACCUGAACUU